AGCACACACCAAGUAGCUGUCCAGGAAACAGCCCAACUAUAGAGAGGGGAGGGUGAGAGGCGGGGAACUGCAGCGCCUCCGUUUUUCUUCCUCCAACUUGCCACUGAGCAGUGGAUUGCUGGGCUACGCAGCUUUUCUUUUUUAAUUCAAGAUUUUCUUUUCUUUGAUUUCCCGCCUAAAGCCUCCAGACGGUAGGGCCGCAUUCCCUGCAAUAAAAUGAAUUCUGAUUCGAGCUCUGUCUCCAGCAGAGCUUCAUCUCCGGACAUGGAUGAGAUGUAUCUGAGGGAUCACCACCACCGCCACCACCACCACCAAGAGAGCCGUCUCAACUCGGUUUCGUCCACGCAGGGCGACAUGGUGCAGAAGAUGCCCGGGGAAAGCCUCUCGCGGGCUGGCGCCAAAGCCGCGGGUGAGAGCAGCAAGUACAAAAUCAAGAAGCAACUGUCGGAGCAGGACCUACAGCAGUUGCGGUUGAAGAUUAACGGGCGCGAGCGCAAGAGGAUGCAUGACCUGAACCUCGCCAUGGACGGGCUGCGCGAGGUCAUGCCCUAUGCGCACGGGCCAUCGGUGCGCAAGCUCUCCAAGAUCGCCACGCUCCUGCUGGCCAGAAACUACAUCCUCAUGCUUACCAGCUCCCUGGAGGAGAUGAAGAGGUUGGUUGGCGAGAUCUACGGGGGCCACCACUCGGCCUUCCACUGCGGGUCCGUGGGCCACUCGGCCAGCCACCCAGCGCACGCUGCCAACGCCAUGCACCCGGUGCACCCUAUCCUGGGCGGCGCGCUGUCCUCCGGCAACGCCUCCUCGCCGCUUUCUGCUGCCUCUCUGCCCACCAUCGGUACCAUCCGGCCUCCCCACUCACUACUCAAGGCGCCCUCCACGCCGCCCGCGCUGCAGCUGGGCAGCGGCUUCCAGCACUGGGCCGGGCUACCCUGCCCCUGCACCAUCUGCCAGAUGCCGCCGCCGCCGCACCUGUCCGCUCUCUCCACCGCCAACAUGGCCCGGCUGUCCGCCGAGUCCAAGGACUUGCUCAAGUGAGCAGCGGGCCCGCCCGGCUGCCGGGGAUGGGGGGCUAGCAGCGGGAGGGGCCGCUGGGCCGGGCCCGGAGCACAGAGGGAGGUUGGGCACCCCGCCGGCGGGAGGGCGGGUGUGGGGCCCCGCGGCCACCCACACCUUCUGAGACAUCUCAUACCCCACUUGACCCCGGGAGGGCAAGGACCAAAACCAAACUGCAAUUUGUAGGCAGUAGCAAAGGGGGACUCGAACCAGACGUCGUGUGUUUUCUUGCAUGCUUCUUUUCCCCAAGCCGCGCCAGUAUUUCUCACUGCCAUAUGCUCUUGUUAAAACUGCAUUACUUGUAUAAAGACUGGAUAGGUGUAGUUACAAACUUGUGAAGGGAUGUGAGUUAGCUUCUAUGGCUCUGUGUUCCUACGUUGGAAAAACACAACCAUCCCUUUUGUGCGAAACUCAUGUAAAUAUUUCCUCGAGGUAGAUACAGUUACGAUUGUCGCUCACUGUCCUCUCUACAGUUUUUCUAGAGACAAUGGAGAGAGCAAGAGAGAUCAAGACUCAAGUUUUGAAUCUCAGCUCCCGACAAGGCCUGACAUUUCCUAUGUGGGUUUUUCCUUGGCUCAGUGUAGGUCAAAAGAAUGCAUGCAGGCUUCUAAAUGAAUCUUGUCUAAACAUGUUGUGCAGGCCGUGGCGCCUUUUUUCCUUGUAACAAGGAUUUAUUAGUGAAUUCUCCCAAGUACUGCAUCUAUCUGUUUGUGGUUGUAAGAAAUGAAAGGGGGGCAGGGUGCAAAGACCCACACUCACACACGAGCCUCUUCCCCCACUCCACCCCCUUCAAAUUCCAUUCCAGACCUUCCUCCUGUUCUAGGCGCCCCUUUGCAAACGUGGGGGCUCCCUUUAGUAUCUCGCUCCCCCCUUGCUCAAUUAUUCUGCAUGCGGGGUCGGCUCUCUCUAUUAUCAGCUUUGAAAACUUAUUGUGGUUUGGGGAGGCCUGCUGAUUUUAUUUUCCUGAACGUUUGCUUGAAAUAUUUUGUUAGGGCCUGAAAGACAAUACCUGUCUUUAUUUUUUAUAUAUUCUUGAUAACUAUGAUAUAUUUAUUAAUAACCAGUGUUUCUGGAUGAGAUUUCAAAUAAAAAAGAACCUUUAAA